AAUAAGAAAUAUGUUAUUAAUGAGGGGAGGGGCUCCUGGAACCAAAUGCAAUAUAUUGUAAAGAAAUUCGCAGCGGAUUGUUUCUCUCUCUUAGUUUUCUUGGUUAACCUGGAUACGUCUAACAACUUGCUCAGAAGCUGAAACAGGAAAACUACAAAACCAAAAAAGCUCACUCAGAAUUUACCCUUUCUUUUGCUUAUCAACCAUCAUGCGUAUUAAAGAUAAAGAGCAGGUCACCCCAGAAAUAGACGACCUUGAUGACAACUACUACACCAAAACGUCUUGCUCUUUGCUUUCUUGGGGUGAUUUCUUGUGUACACAGAUGGAGAAUUGGUCUCUUAAACACUCUCCUCUACAUGUAGACGUCUUCAGUGGCAGCAAUAGACUGGAAAGUAUUUCUGAGGACUCAGUUACCACAGAAAGACAAACUGACCUGUUAACAAAUUUUAUCCCCACUCUUCGGUCAGGUGAGUGGUCUGACAUUGGGGGUCGUCCCUAUAUGGAGGAUACUCAUAUAUGCAUUGCAGACUUGGCUAAGAAUUUUGGUUGUGAUUUAGUGAGUGAAGAAGCUAUUUCCUUCUACGGUGAGCAGGUUUUUGAUGGGCACGGAGGAAAGGAUGCAUCUCAUUUUGUCCGUGAUCAUUUGCCUAGAGUUAUUGUUGAGGAUGUUGAUUUUCCCUUGGAAAUUGAGAAAGCGGUCACCAGGUCAUUCAUGGAGACUGAUGCUGCAUUUGCGAAGUCAUGCUCUCUCGAGUCAUCACUGGCUUCUGGCACUACUGUUCUCACUGCAAUGAUAUUUGGGAGGUCUUUACUUGUGGCAAAUGCUGGGGAUUCUAGGGCGGUACUGUCAUGGCAUGGAAGAGCUGUAGAGAUGUCAAAGGAUCAUAGGCCCUGUUGCAUGAAAGAGAGAAGGCGGAUCGAGGCUCUGGGUGGAUUCGUUGAUGAUGGUUAUCUGAAUGGUCAACUAGGGGUCACCCGAGCAUUAGGCGAUUGGCACAUUGAAGGUAUGAAGGAAACCGGUGAGAGAAUUGGCCCCCUAAGUGCUGAACCAGAACUCAAAAUGAUAACACUGACUAAGGAAGAUGAGUUUUUGAUCAUCGGUAGUGAUGGAAUAUGGGAUGUUUUUACCAGCCAAAAUGCCAUAGAUUUCACAAGGCGGCGGCUCCAGGAGCACAAUGAUGUCAAAUUAUGUUGCAAAGAAAUAGUUGAAGAAGCAAUAAAAAGAGGAGCAACAGACAAUUUGACCGUUGUUGUGGUGUGUUUUCACUUGGAGCCACCUCAACCUUCUGUCAGACAAAGGGGAAGAGUCAGGAGAAGCAUUUCUGCUGAGGGGCUUCAGAGUCUUAAAUGCCUCUUAGAAGGAUAGAACUCUAUUACAUUUGUUUACACUCAAUACAUGGUUGGUACACAAAGGAGACAACUAGUUAAUGAUGAACAUUCACCAAUAGAACAAAAGAAAACUUGAAAGAAUCAAAUCAUGGAAUUAGGGUUCAGAAUUUGGUAGAUUUUCUUUCCUGAUCAUUCUUAUUGGCUUCAAAUGAAGCUUUGGAUAAUUUGAUGAACAGAAUCGAUUUGUCUGCUAGGCAGACUAUAAACAGAAAUAAAUCUGUUAUUGUACUAUUUUCUAAAGAAGAUAUAUUCUUUGCAAACA